AGCCGAGAGAUCAGUUAAGUUGAGUAUUCAAGAACACACAUCUCGUAGGACCUAAUAGCACAAACAGCAAUGAAAUCGUCCGCUUCGAGUAGCUUUCGGGUAAGCUACGUUCUUCUGGGAUUGCUGCUGCUGUUUUUCGCAAGCAAUGUCGUUCAAUCGGCCAGAAUCCUCUGCGUAUUCCCUAGCCCUAGCAAAUCUCACGUUCUGGUGGGACAAUCGCUGCUCAAGGGCUUAGCCGCACGUGGGCAUGAGGUCACCAUGGUCAGUGCAUUCAAGCUAUCGAAACCGGUCAAAAACUAUCGAGACGUGAUCAUCCCACUGGAUCACGAUACAAGCGAGCAGAUGAAACGGUUUCUGAAUGAGAAACCGAACCUUUUUAAGGAGCUUCCCAAGAUGAUGAAGUCGAUGAUGGAAACGGCAAAUUCGACUAUCAAUCACCCCAAAAUGGAGGAGAUAAAGCGGGAACAGUUUGAUUUGGUGAUUGCCGGUGUGUUUGUGGCUGAUUAUAUACUGGGUUUUGGUCCCCAUUUUGAUGCCCCAACGGUUGUGCUUUGGUCGGCUGGAUUGACUAAGAUUACGGCCGAUUUGGUGGGAAAUCCAAGGGCUUUAUCAGCGGUUCCCCAUAUUAUGUUGGGGACAAGCCAGACGGGGAUGGGAUUUGUGGAUCGCUUGAAGAACUUUUUGAUCGGAGCUGCGGAGAACGCUUUUUCAGCAUUUUCUGUUUAUCAACAGCGGAAAUAUUAUGAUUACAAUUUCCCUGCCAAUCGAUAUCCGGCCUACGAAGAUGUCCGUAAGAACGUUUCCUUGCUGUUACUCAACACACAUUUCUCCCACGCAGGUCCAAGACCCUAUAUUCAGAAUGUAGUUGAAGUAGGUGGUUUACAGAUUAAAACUAAACCGGGUCAGUUACCGGAAGACAUCAAACAGUGGCUGGAUGGGGCUGAACAUGGUGCGAUCUACUUCUGUUUGGGAUCGAAUGUCAAGGUGUCUGACAUGCCGAUGGAGAAGGUUCAGAUCUUCGUGAAGAGUUUGGCCAAGCUGAAGCAACGCAUCCUUUGGAAGUCGGAGACAGAGUUCAUGAAUGUUAUGCCUAACGUAAUGACUAAAAGUUGGGUCCCCCAGGAUGACGUAUUGGCCCACAAGAAUGUGGUACUGUUCAUAUCUCACGGAGGAUUGGGAGGAAUGGCUGAAGCUCGCUAUCACGGAGUUCCCGUCCUUGGCAUUCCGUUAUUUGCGGAACAAUCCUCUAAUGUGGAAGCAGUGGCACGAGAAGGUUGGGGUCAGCUUUACGACUAUCAUCAGCUCAACGAAGAGACAUUCGACCAAGCUCUGAAUCAAAUGCUAGGCAAUCCUCAGUUUAAACUGAAGGCCAAAGAAGCCUCCGCCGUUUACCGGGAUCGUCCUAAGACUGCAAUGGAGACCGCUUGCUUCUGGAUCGAAUACAUAAUCCGUCACAAGGGAGCUCCCCAUAUGCAUUACCCCGGGGCAGAUCUUAACUUUAUCGAACAAAAUAUGCUGGACGUUAUCGCCGUGCUACUUGCUGUUGUGUACAUAGUAUUCAAAGUUAUAAAACUCAUACUCAAAGGUUUGAUACGAUUAUGCUGUGGUAAAUCUAAAAAGCAGAAAACUAACUAGGUUAUCACCCUUAUUUGAUAAGAUAAAAUAAAAAAAAUCGUUAAAAAUGU